AUGCUUCGAGCGCACUUCUUGAAACGUAUGUGCACGGCCGUCGCUACUCGAGGCGCGCAUCCUUACAGAGGUGUUUCAUAUGAUAAGGGUGCCACCAAAUGGCGCGCCAGAGUCGCCUAUGAUCGAAAAAUAUACAGACUAGGUUCUUUCGGCUGCUGCAUUGAAGCGGCGUGUGCUUAUGAUGAGUUUCUUCGUAAAUGCGAUGCCAGCAAGUACAGCGUGCUACGUCGAUUGAAUUUCCCAACACUUGAAGAGGAGGAUAUGGUUUUGAAUUUUUCGUACGAGGAUCGAAGGCGCGAAAAUAUAGCUCGAUAUGCUGGCAACUACAUGAUGCAGGCCACUGCCCAACAGAUCAUCGAGGCGCACGUCAGCACAGCUCUCGAGUGCGAGUGGAUGUGCGAAGGGACGUUAGCUGAUGGAAUUGUACGCCCCAGUUUGUGUUCAGACGACGCAUGGAUCGGAAUCCAAAUCAAAUCUACUGCGGAGCCUUGGAAUGGGUCGUAUCGGUUCGCUGGUGCUAAGAAAUAUGCGGGUUUGUUGAUGCUGUGCGUAGGUCUCGACCAGGAGCUAUUAUGGCUCAUUCCCGGAUGCGAUGUGAAUGUGGAAUGUUUGUCCAUCAGUGUUGGCGGCAAGUGGGAUGCAUACCGCUGUCCUUGGCACGACCUGUCGUCGGAACUGCAGUGUGCAUGGGGCAACCCAGACGUGUACAAGAGAUAUCCAGCUGAACUGUGGAAAACUCCUCGUUCGGCUCGCCACCAAGAUGAACAGAGAGCCCGGAAGCUAGGGGAAAAUGUGUUGCGCGCAGCAGGGUUAACAAUCACCACGCCUUCUGUUGCAUAUGGCCCAGUUGACAUCAUCAUCAACAGGAGGAUCCGUGUCCAAACCAAGUCUAGGUCCAAAGAGAAUUCAAGUGUUUUUGCUUACCAGAUCCCACUUGCGAGGAAGGCUGGUCGCGGUGUAACGCGCCCGUACAGCGCCGACGAGUUCGACGUCCUCGUAGUAUACUUGCUGAGGGACGGGAGUCUUGGUGGUAUGUUUGUCAUUCCAGUGAUAGAGCUAGCACUCCGCGGGUAUGUGGCAAGCAGCAUGUGCGACCGCAAGCCGUGCACAAGUCUCUGCGUUUACCCCCCAUGGUCUAGUCCAACUCUAGGGAAGGCCGUCGUUGCGAAAGCUUGGCAAGCCAAAUAUUCGAACGGAUUUCUUUCAAACAUCUUCUGCGCUGGGCAGCGAACAGCUGCAGAGCUUGCGGCAAUUGUUUGA